UGACCGUGAGCAAAGUGAGAGAGUGACUGUUCGUUCUGUAAUGUUUGUACUUUGCACAUAAAGUGUUUGUGCUUAUCAUGGUGAUUUUACGAAAUUAGUGGUUCAGUGUUUAUAUUCUAUCAUUAUUAACUGAAUCAUAUUUUCAAAAUGACAUCAAUGAUGAUGAGUAUUCCUCGACAAAUUCCAUUGCUUGUUAUUGAUGAAGAGGUACUCCUUCCAGGAUCGUCAAUGAAAAUUCCCGUUACAAGUUCACGAAACAUGGCGAUGAUAAAGAGUCGUCUUCUAAACCAGAGGUCACUGACAAGCACCAUUAUAGGAGUUGUACCCAAAGAACCCGAACAACACUUGGACAUAUCUGGUACUGCUCCAUUGCACACAGUUGGUACUGCAGCAGUUGUUGUUCAAGUCACUGGUAUCAGUUGGCCUCAGCCGUCAUUCACACUGCUUGUGACAGGAUUGUGUCGUUUCCGACUGGAGAAACUUGUGAUGGAAGUACCAUACUUGGUUGGAGUUGUCACACAACUUGACAAGCUGGCAGUUGAUGAUGAAGAUGACGAUAACCAGGAACUGAUGGAUCUCAUUCAGAGCUUCAGAGUAGAAGCCUCAAAACUGCUUGAAAUGUUGGAUGUUUCCAAUUCUACUGUAGCCAGGCUGAAGAGGAUGCUGGGCACCUUGCCUGCUCAUCACCUUGCUGAUCUCUGUGCAUCUCUUGUGAAUGCUUCCUUCAUUGAGAAACUACAAGUGCUGGAUGCAGUUGACCUGUCAGAACGCCUUAAGAAAUCCCUGCCACUCCUUGUGCGGCAGAUUGAAGGUUUGGAGAUGUUACGCAAAUCACCAAACAAUCGUACGGAGAAACAUUACGCUAUACAACCUAAAAACAGAGUGAUGAUCAUAAGACCUCAGCGAGACACAUAUUCUAGGAGUGACCAUGCCCUUGUGCCGUCAGAUGAUGAAGGAGAUGAACUUCAGGAACUUCACCAAAAACUGAGGGCUGCCAAGUUACCUCCACAUGCCUCUAAAGUGGCAAUGAAGGAAUUGCAGAGAUUAAAGAAAUUAGCAUCAAUGAGCCCUGAGAGUGGUAUCAUACGCACCUAUGUAGAACUGAUGGCAGAACUUCCAUGGUCAAAAUCAUCACCUGAGACGCUUGAUAUCAAUAAGGCCAGACAGGAUUUGGAUGCAGACCAUUACGCAAUGGAUAAGUUGAAACGGAGAGUGCUGGAAUAUCUGGCUGUCAGGCAGUUAAAAAAUAACCUCCGAGGACCAAUUCUCUGCUUUGUAGGACCUCCUGGUGUUGGCAAAACCAGUGUUGGACGUUCAAUUGCCCAGACACUUGGACGUGAGUUUCAUCGCAUAUCCCUUGGAGGCAGUUGCAAUCAGUCAGAUAUCAGAGGCCAUCGCCGAACGUACAUUGGUGCAAUGCCUGGCCGUAUCAUCCAAGGCUUGAAGACGGUUGGGGUCAACAACCCUGUCAUGUUGCUUGAUGAGAUUGACAAACUAAGCACGGGUAUUCAUGGAGAUCCAGCUGCAGCUCUUCUAGAAGUGUUGGACCCAGAGCAGAACUGCAAUUUUGUGGAUCACUACCUGAAUGUGCCAUUUGAUCUGUCCAAAGUGAUGUUUAUUGCCACAGCUAACACCACCAGAACUAUUCCUCCAGCUCUCCUUGACCGCAUGGAACUGAUCCAUGUCCAAGGGUACACACAGGAAGAAAAGUUGCAUAUUGCAUCACGUCACCUUCUACCCAAACAACUGGAGGAGCAUGGCCUCGAAUCUCACAUGGUGCAGUUUCCCAUGGAGAGCAUCAAGAUCCUUGUAUCAUGCUACACUCGUGAAGCUGGGGUUCGAACUUUGGAGCGCAAAUUGGGAGCCUUGUGUCGUGCAGUGGCUGUUCAUGUUGCUGAAAUGAAUGUGGGUGAUCUCACUAAGAAGGACAAUGGACAAACAAAACUGCCCAUAAUCUUGGAUGAAGCUGCAGUUGAGGACAUAUUAGGGCCUGCGUUGUACUCCAACAAUGAGCUUUGGUCUCGACUGGGUCAGCCUGGUGUGGCGGUGGGAUUGGCUUGGACAACUGUUGGUGGCGAGGUGUUGCUUGUAGAAGCAAACAAGAUGGAGGGAGAUGGUGAACUAGUGCUCACUGGUCACCUUGGUGAUGUUAUGAAAGAAUCUGCCAGGUUAGCCCUAAACUGGGUGCGCACUACUGCACGUGAGUAUGGUCUACAGAUAGAUGGAGAACUCCUGGCCCACACAGACCUCCACAUUCAUUUCCCUGCUGGCGCAGUGGGUAAAGAUGGGCCAUCUGCAGGUGUAACCAUAGCAGCAGCUCUGAUCUCUCUGUUCUCUGAGCGGCCCAUUGAUGCUGAUGUUGCCAUGACAGGCGAGAUUACAUUGCGAGGUGUAGUACUUCCAGUUGGUGGAGUGAAGGAGAAGGUUCUGGCAGCUCAUCGGGCCGGACUCAAACAAGUUAUUCUGCCUAAGAAGAAUGGCAAGGACUUGCAUGAAGUUCCUGAAAAUGUGAAGAAAGAUCUUACAUUUGUGCUUGUGAGUCACAUGGAUGAAGUGCUGCAGGCUGCAUUCACUGGUGGCUUCCCGACAGUUGCCAGCCCACAAGACAUGGGUUCAGUCAUAAGCAAACUUUAGAUGUAGCUGUGAGCAGUUUAGUGUAAGGAAAUUUGAAGUUCUCAUAGACGUAUGAGAUUAUGGUCUUCUGAUUUGAGAUACCAUAUGGUCUAAUACAGUCUAAUAUCUUAUUUACCUUGUUUCCCAGUUGUUGUUUUGUCAAACAACCAUAGUCCCACCACAGCAAAAAUAAAGCUUCUUUUUUUGGCAAGAAGUGUAUUUUUACAAUUAUGCACUUUUUAAUGUUAUAUUAAUCACUAAGGGACAUUAAUACUUUGAAGGCAUCACAUCCCACCAAGCUAACCAUUAUGUCUCACUGGUUGAGAAAUGCUGGUCUAGUAUAUAGGUACAAACAUUUUGGGGCAAUCUGCUGCCUAUAUCUUCGUGGUGGAAGUCUUCUUCUAGCAUGAAGGUGUCCCAAUAUGAUCGUGUGAAAUGUUGGUACUUAUUCCCUAGACUGCAUGGUGGAACACUGCAGAUGAUUAAAUUCUAAGUGAUUCUGAUUCUGACCUUAUCCAUUGUCCAGUAUUCUAGAAACUAGAAAACUUGAUGUUUCAGAAACUGUGUCUGUUUCCGUGAUUGAGGUUAGCU